CAGGUAUAGCGCGCCCAUUUUGGUUUUUAGCGAAAGUAAACAAAAGGAACAAGUACGUGUUUUUCGUGUCGACAGCAAUGGGAAAGGACUAUUGUGCAAUUAAAGAUUGUCACAAUACUACAGGGACUAUAGGGCGAUUUAACAAAUCUGUUAAAUUGCACCAUUUGCCCAAAAAGCAGUCUUUGAGAAGUGCUUGGAUUCGAGCCAUAAGCAGGUCGAACUACAAAGGUGGACAUCAUACCUAUGUUUGUUCUGACCAUUUUCCGGAUGGUGGGGGUCGGACUUGGAAGUAUGAGGUGCCAACGUUAUUCCUCCCCCAAAAGAAGGAGAAAGUCAACAAAAAACGUACAACAAGAAAUAGCAUAGAAACUAUGACAGAGCCAAGUCCCUCGGGCCUUAGCAAUUUUCUGCAGGAGAACAAAGAUGAUAUUGCUGAAGCUUUAUCAGCUGAUCUGGCAUUAAGUAGAAGUGCUGCGUCAGUUUUGAUUGAUCACCAAUAUUCCAGUCAAUCCCAGGUUCAAGAGACUGAGUCGAACCAUCAAGAAUUGCCAUGCACUAUUUGGACGCAGACUGAGACAACAAAGAAGGACCAAGCCACCCAUGUUGCCCGACCUGAAAUUGCAGUAGAAGAUAUUCAAAAUUCAGAUGACAGUGUACAAUUUUAUACUGGCCUACCCGAUUUUGAUACAUUUAAAGCGCUUUUUGAAACUUUGUGUGAAUAUGGCAUGGAUGAAAUAGAAUCAGAUCAACGUAUGAAACUAAGACUUGUAGAUCAAUUUUUGUUGGUUUUAAUGAGGCUGCGAUUGGGGCUACUUGUUAAAGAUCUUGCAUAUAGGUUCAAGUUAUCUAGUUCAUCAGUAUCUAGGAUAUUCUUUAGAUGGAUUAUCUUCAUGAGACAGUGUUUGUCCUCUAUUGUAUUUUUACCUGAACUAAAGAUAUUGCAGCAGAGAAUUCCAAGUUGUUUCCUUAACUUUUCUGACACACGCAUUGUAUUAGAUUGCACAGAAAUAUUCAUACAAACACCAUCUUCAUUAGAAAAUAAGUCUCAGACUUUCUCCAACUACAAAUCUCAUAAUACAUUUAAGUCAUUGAUUGGAAUCUCUAUGACUGGAGCUGUUUGUUUAGUUUCCAAACUAUGGGGUGGAUCAACAUCUGAUGUGCAUAUUACUAGAAAUUGUGGUCUGUUAGAAGCUUUACAGCCAGGUGAUGCAGUAAUGGUUGAUAAAGGGUUUGUUCACUUAAAAGCUGAUUUCGAAAGAAAGUGUGUAAAGUUGUAUUGUCCCCCGUUUAAAACAAAGAGUCAGUUCACAAAAGAGGAAGUUGAAAUUACUAGACGCAUCGCCUCAGCCAGGAUCCAUGUUGAAAGAAAGAUGGAACAAAUUAAAAAUUUUAGAAUAUUGCAAGGCAUUAUGCCACUGGCACUUGCUCCUAUUGCAAAUGACAUAUUUUUUGUAUGUGCAGCACUUACCAAUGUUUUACCACCACUUGUCAGUCAAUGAAUAACUAUACGUUAAAAGUAUUUGUGUGGAUAACUCAUAGAAUAAUAAUUCUUAAUUGUAUUUUUGGUGAAAUCAUUUUCAUUGAAGAAUUUGGUGAAAGCAUAUUGAAAUAUAUAUAUUUCAUGAAAAGAACAUAGAAUCAUCAAAUUUUACUAUACUGUUGUUUAGUAUGCAUAUAUCAUACACACAAGCAUUGGGUUAUGUAAAACAUUUUCAGUUAUGUAUAACAUAUUCUGAUGGCUUCAUAAUAUAAUACUGCAGUUAUGUACUUUGUACUUGUAUAUUUACUAUUAUCAAAUUUUACACAGUACAUUAAAUCUAUAACUGUUGAAUAACUAAAAAACAAACAUUAGUUAAUUGUUUUAAGUGUGUUUAUUUUUCAACUGUUGCAUUCAAACAUGGAAUGACAAAUUUCAUGUAGAAUGUUUUUAAUUUUGACAGAAGUGACUCCCAAAACACAGCAUUAAAUGGGAUUUCAAUAACAGUCAGGUCUUGCAAUGUAUACAAAACAAGAUGACACACCUUGUACUGACAUACACCCAUUUGACCCUGAAUUUGGGUGUAAUAUCUGUGAUUUUGUUUUAAUUGGAUUUUAUUGUUUGAAUCUAGAUAACAAUAAAAAUCUGGGGAUUUGCAAGCUUCAAGUAUAGUACUAUUUCUCCACUUGAAUGGGCAUUUGAUUUCAACUAGAUAUGUAUUUGUGUUUGUCUGCACUAUACCAUCAGGACUUGCUCCAAUAGCAAUAAAUGACUGGAGUAAGAACAAGCCACAGUUUUUUACCGAUAUUUUCUCUUUGCCGUGGAGUCUCAUGUGUGCUUGAUAACGCUUCUUGGCGAUAUUUUCAUGUUUUAGCCCCCAUUUUAUUGCUGCUGUGGUUAAUUGCUCAUUAUUCUCACCUAUGAUUUUUUCAACCAAUUUACCUGGGUUAGUGCUUUCUUUGCGUUUUAGUACAUCAUGAAACAAUGAUGCAGUUAUUCUGCCUUUUCGUGCCUCAAACCACAGCUUGUUGUCAGACUGUCCCCUUGUUCUUAAUUCAACCUCAUUACAGACGUCAGUGGAAAGGGGCAUUUGAUUAUCAGAUGUAGUACAAGACUGAAUAAAUUGAAGACAGUUUUGAAUUUCAAUAAAUUCAUCUGAUGCAUAUGUGAUCGUAUCUGAAGAAACUACUUCUUCUUCGUGCCCUACAUUCAGAUCCCCACUGACUUCAAUAUCAUUAUCAGGGGUAUACAAAAGAUGGUGAAUAACAGCAUUUUUGUUUUGUAACCUGCCACAUAAACUAUCGCGAAAUGAUUUGCAAUCAUUAUUUUUCAUUUCAAUGAUAGGAGUUUGAUUUACAUCUUGUUUAUAUUUUUUAAAGUUCAGCUGAUCAAUUGUUUUGCACUCUUUUGUUCUCUUGGAAGGUUUGUUCCAGGUGCACGGCUUUGAUGUACAGGGCUU